AUGGCGAUGUGGUAUGCGCUAGGUAUUGCUUUCUUUGCCGCUAUCGGCACAUUCCUAUUCGGUUUCGAUACUGGUAUCGCGACUACAACAAUUGCCCACCAGAGCUGGAUUGAUUAUAUGCAAAAGCCAUCCAAUGGCCUCACCGGAGCAGUUGUGGCAGUGUAUAUCGCCGGCGAAGCCCUCGGCGCACUGACGCAAACCUUCAUCGGCGACAAACUCGGCCGUAUCCGCUUCAUGCAAAUGAUGUGCAUAAUCGUCACAAUCGGAACAGUCAUCCAAACCGCCUCCGUCAACAUCGGCAUGUUCCUCGCCGGCCGAGCCCUAGCCGGCUACGCAGUCGGUGGCCUCGUCGCAACCGUUCCAAUCUACCUCAGCGAAAUCUCAGACCCGCGGUACCGAGGCCUGAUUGGUGGCAUCUCAGGCUGCGGCAUCUCUUUCGGAACAAUGAUGUCGAACUGGGUGGGGUAUGCGUGCAGCUAUGCGCCGUAUGGACCUGUGCAGUGGCGUCUGCCACUGGGAAUUCAGAUCCCGUGGGGAAUUAUCAUGUUCAUGGGACUUGCGACUUUUAUGCCGAAUUCGCCGAGACAGCUUAUUCGGUCUGGGAAGCUGGAUUUGGCGAGGAGUGAAUUCGCGAGGAUCAGGCGUGGCUUGGAGUUGCAGGAGAUGGAGGAGGAGUUUGGGCUCAUGAAGGCUCAGAUUGAGUAUGAGAUGGAGCGGGAGCUUAGUUCCUACCGGGAGAUCUUCAAGGUGUUUAGGCAUCGCGUGCUUGUGUCUAUUGCUGUGCAGACGAUGACGAGUUUGACUGGUGUCAAUGUUAUCCAGUAUUAUCAAACUACUUUGUACAAGAGUCUUGGAAUUGGGUCCCAUACUAUUCUUGCUUUGGCUGCGGUAUAUGGUACUGUCGCUUUCAUUUCGAAUUCCCUCACCACUAAAUACAUGACUGAUCAAUGGGGUCGUCGGAAGAUGUUGAUCGCCGGAUUGGCUGGUAUCAUCGUGAUCGAGAUUUACGCAGCAGUGAUGCAGAGAUGUUUCCAAAACACGGACAACCGCAUCGGCAAAGGAUUUGCAAUUUUGGGAAUUUACCUCUUCGUGGUCUGCUACUACGGCAUGCUCAACAGUACCACAUGGCUAUACGGCGCCGAGGUACUCCCUAUCGCUCUCCGCAAUAAGGUCAUGGGAAUUGCUGCCUCUUCACACUUCAUCGUCAAUGUUGCCAUCACCGAGGCUGGACCCAGUGCUUUUGCCAAUAUUCACGAAAACUAUUACUACGUCUUCGUAGCAUGCUCUGCGUUCUUCUUGACGAUUGCAUACUUCUACUUCCCCGAGACUAAGCAGAAGACACUUGAGGAAGUGGCUGCUGCGUUUGGAGAUCGUGUGGUUGAUCAGGAUGAGGAUGCCAAGCGCGCAGUCAGUGUCGUUGGCGAAGCUCAACAUAUUGAGUCGACUGAUGGGAUCGCGAAGGCGGUUUGA